AUGCCUACGUUUGAUCCCAGCGAAUUGAAUGUUGUUCUCGCUGUCUUUGGCGCGUUCAUCAUUCUAUUUGGUAUCAUAUCCGUCAAGAUAAAAAAUGUGUGGUACUUAGGCGAGGCCUUACCGGCCGUAGUGUUGGGCAUAUGCCUGGGCCCUAUAGCUGCUAGGUUCAUCGACAGCGAGAGGUGGGGGUCAGCUGUGGAGGGGCAGACCCAAGAUAUCACUCUCGGGCUCACAAGAGUGAUGAUUGGCAUUCAGCUGGUCAUGGCUGGCUAUCAACUCCCAGCAAAGUACCAAAAGACUAAAUGGAAGGAGAUGGCAAUUUUAAUGUUACCCAUCAUGACACUGAUGUGGGUGGCGACGACAGGCUGUAUCCUGGCAACCAUUCCCAAGUUGACAUUUCUGGGUGCUGGGGUCAUCGCUGCCUGCGUGACCUCGACGGAUCCAGUCCUGUCACAAGCCGUUGCCAAGGGACCUUUUGCCGACAAGUUCGUUCGGCGCUCUUUGCGUGAAAUCAUCUCUUCCGAGAGUGGCGCAAAUGACGGCUUCGGUUUCCCGAUAUUGAUGCUGACAACUCGUGAGCUUCUUCCGAGAGCCGGUGACGUCGCCCGCCAAGGCGGAGGCGUUGGUGUUGCUCUGCUGAAUUGGCUGCUGGAGACAUGGCUUUACUUUGUGCUCAUGAGUAUAGCCUACGGAAUCAUCAUGGGAACACUGAUCAGGCUUGCACUCAAGUAUUCUGUCAGAAAAAAGUGGAUCGAUUCCGAAAGCUACGUCUUAGUGCCAACAGCGAUUGGUCUCUUCAUGAUGGGUACUUCAGGAGCCAUCGGAACUGACGAUCUGCUAUCUUGCUUCGUCGCUGGCAGUGCACUCAACUGGGAUGGUGAGUACCUUGCAGAGGCACAGAAGCGGCACGACGAAGUCAACGCCAGCAUCGACGUUCUUCUCAACUUUGGCGGCUUCAUAUAUCUCGGAACCAUCAUCCCAUGGAGCGACUUCAGCUCGGACAUCACCGGCAUCAGUCUCGGCCGGCUCUUUGCCCUAGGCGCACUUGUUCUCGUAUUCCGCCGCAUCCCCGCCGUGCUUCUCACGUACAAGCUCAUGCCAAACACCAUCAAAGACUGGAAAGAAGCAUUGUUUAUGGGUUACUUUGGUCCUAUUGGCGUUGGUGCUGCCUUCUACGUCGAGCAUGCGCGUCACCUCUUCCCUAAACUUGCCGAGGCCGAGGGUGACAGUGAGGUAGUUGACAUGCUUCGGGCUAUUGGUCCCGUUGUGUAUUGGCUUGCACUCUUCUCGAUUAUAGUCCACGGAGUCUCUAUCCCUAUCCUCAAUGUCAUUUAUGGGUUCAUGGGCGUUCAACCGGUCCAGGAAGAUGCCGUGGCAAUUCGACGCCGAUCUGUUCGCGUCCCUCCUCCAUCGAAUGCGGUCGAGGGCUACAAGGAGACCUUCAUUGCCUUCAACCGUUUCUCUCGGCCGAAUUUGUCGCAGGAAACACUGCCGCAUAUGGAGGAUGACGGCUCAUCCGUGGGAGAUGAGAAGGUUCUACACCCUGACCUCGAAUCCGGCCUCCAGGAAGCUAGGCAAAAUGCAGGAUUAUCACCACGGAGAAGCUUCAGUCUCCCACGCCUUAGUGCACCUCGCAGCUUCAGUCUACCCCGGACAAGUAUGGGUCAACUGAAAUGGGAACAACCACAUGUCACACAGGGAUAG